CCCCCCCCCCCCCAGUGGUUGGUUUGUCUUCCCUAUUUAAACCUCUCCUUGGGUAGAUCGACCCUUGACUCAAAGCUCCAACAACUGGUAGCGGCUCCCAUUUUGUCUCUCAGGGACACUUGGCUGGGUGGGGGGGUGGAGGGACUGGCUCAACAGGAACCUAUCCCCCGCUUCCGCCUCUGGAAGAGCAGCACCAAGAGUCCCCCAGUGCCUGCAAAAAUGUGUCGCGUAGCUUUCAGUUGGUGUGCUCAUUAAAGGUUUACGUAUUCAGGCCUAGUGCCCGGCGUGCAGGCUGCGGAACGCAGUCUCGUGGGAGAGCUCUCGCGAGACCACAGUGUGGGAGUUACUUCAGGGCUCCGGGAGACGGCCGCGGCCUGGCCUGGGGUUAAGCGGCUUUUCCUGCAGCAGAGUGAGGGCUACGGGUAGGCGGCGGGGCCAGAGACGCCCACCACAGCUCCAGAGAACAUGAGGUCCAACCCUGCCAUCCAAGCGGCCAUAGACCUCACGGCAGGGGCCCUCGGCGGCACCGUGUGUGUCCUGACUGGGCAGCCCUUCGACACAGUGAAAGUGAAGAUGCAGACCUUCCCCGGCCUGUACAAGGGCAUCACCGACUGCUGCCUGAAGACGUACUCCCAAGUAGGCCUGCGCGGCUUCUACAGGGGGACCGGCCCAGCGCUGAUGGCCUACGUCGCGGAGAACGCGGUUCUCUUCAUGUGCUAUGGCUUCUGCCAACAGUUUGUGAGGAAAGUGGUGGGACUGGACAAGCAGGCAAAGCUGAGUGAUCUGCAGACUGCAACCGCAGGCUCCUUGGCAUCAGCGUUUGCUGCACUGGCCCUGUGUCCCACUGAGCUUGUGAAGUGCCGUCUACAGACUAUGUACGAAAUGGAAAUGUCAGGGAAGGUAGCCAAAAGCCAUCCCACAGUUUGGUCCGUGGUGAAGGGCAUCCUUAGGAAGGAAGGCCCCUGGGGCUUCUACCACGGGCUCUCCAGCACUCUCCUCCAAGAAGUACCAGGCUAUUUCUUCUUCUUCGGCGGCUAUGAACUGAGCCGAUCGUUUUUUGCCUCAGGGAGAUCAAAAGAUGAACUCGGGCCUGUCCCUUUGAUGUUAAGUGGUGGAAUUGCUGGGAUUUGCCUUUGGCUUGUCAUAUUCCCAGUGGAUUGUAUCAAAUCCAGAAUUCAGGUUCUUUCCAUGUCUGGAAAACAGGCAGGAUUUAUUGGAACUCUUCUAAGUGUUGUGGAAAGUGAGGGGAUAGCAGCCUUAUAUUCUGGACUGUCAGCUACUCUGAUUCGAGCGUUCCCUGCCAAUGGGUCACUGGUUUUGGCUUAUGAAUACAGCAGGAGGACGAUGAUGAGCCAGUUUGAAGCGUACUGAAGUGUCUUGGUGAACCUGGAUCCAAAUACACAUCUUUGAGGACAAUAGUUUAUCUCAGGGUUUCAUGGAGUACUGGACUAAUGUAGAAUUAUUUUUUUUACUUCAUAGGAAUUUUGUUUUUGUUGUCUUCUAUCCUAAAUCUUAAACUUUAUAGAAGAACCUUUAUUUUUCAUGUGCAAUUUCUGCCCAUCACUUGUACUGAAAUAGAAAAGUUGCUGCUUUUGUAUUUUGUAGGAUAUACACAGUGAGCAGGUGGCUCUAUCUACCUAAUCUGAAAUGCUAAAUGAAGUUAUAACUGCUUUUGUAUAAACCUGUACAUACAUACAGUUUGGUUUGUUAGGUGUUAGUGAAACACAGUUUGGAUCCAUUUAGUUCCGUGUCACCAGAAAAACCGAUUUAACUAUGUUUCAUGAAGAUGGUUAAUGAUUGCUUAACUUUCUGAAGAUGUAGUUUCUAUUUAAAAUUGUGCUCUGUGCUAAGCAAUUAAAGUUAAAAAAAAUUGUGUGGUAAUUGAAAACCAAAAUACCCAUCUAGGUUUUUUAAAAGAUUUUAUUUUUAAACAGAGGGGAAGGGAGGGAGAAAAACAUUACUGUGUGGUUGCCUCUUGCACACCCCCUACUGAGAAUCUGGCCCACAACCCAGGCAUGUGUCCCACCCCAACUGGGAAUUGAACCAGUGACCCUUUGGUUCACAGGCCUGCACUCAAUCCACUGAGCCACACCAGUCAGGGUCCAUCUAGGUUUUUAAGAAGAGAAUAUAUGGCUGUGUCUCCCAAUUCUUGAGUUUCAGAGUUGGCAUCCUGGAUUUUUCUAAGAUGCUCUUAAAAUACUGCCAUCCACUUACUUUCAAACUGGGAACCUAUUCCACACUUCUCUUCCCCAAAACCUCCCCUCUCUAGGGCUUUAGGUUGAGGAAGGGAUUGAGGGGAAGGCUCUAUGCUGUUAUGCUUUGAUGAAGACCCAUGUAGCUAACAACAGUUCUCAGCUUUUAGUUUCUGAGUCCUGAUCUGGGUAGGACUCCAGGGUGUUCUCUGGGCCCAUUAGGAGUUGUUGAUCCACUUUGGAUUAUUUCAGCAGUCAGGAACUCUUCCAGAGAACAGCGAAAAGCUUUUGUUCCCUGUUUGAUGUUCAAGUGACAAUAUUCAUGGAUGAAGUCCUCUCCUCUCAGGCAGAACUAGACAGAAUUUAGUGCUUAUACUCCACAGUGAGGAAUGUUAAGGCUGAACCAUCCUGAAAUGUACCUUGAAAUCAUGGUUAUGCAGUAUUGGAAUCUUUUAAAUUUUGUACUGACUAUCAGUGAAGUUUAAUGAUAACUGUAUAUGGAGUGUGGCUUUAUAAAACAAUGAAAGAAAAGUAAUUUUAUUAAAUUACACCAUAUAUGUAUGUACACAUGCACAAACAAAAAAACCACAGUUUGUCUGAUCCCACAAACUGUCACCACUAAAAUAAGCCCCAUUGUCCCUUGCUGCUCUAAGAUCAGCAGAGUCUUCAAUUAAAAGUCUUAAGCAGACUGUAAAGCUAAAAGCAAGCAGGCUACCAGUCUUUUUUAAAAAAAUACUUUAUAGUUCUUUGUCUUAAAAAAAGAUUUUAUUUAUUUAUUUUUAGAGAGGGGAAGGAAAGGACAUAGGGAAAGAAACAUUGAUGUGUGAGAGGUUGCCUCUUGCAUAUGCACCAACUGGGGACCUGGCUCACAACCCAGGCAUGUGCCCCAGCCUUGAAUUGAACCAAUGGUGUUUCACUUUGGACGACAAUGCCCAACCAACUGGUCCACACCUGUCAGAGCGCUACUAGUCUUAAUAACAGUUCACACAAAUGUGUGUGUAUCACUGUCAGCAGAACAUUAAUCUUGUGUACAAUCUCCAGUUUCCUGUAGCUUUUGCUAUUUGUAAAGCUUCUGCUGAAAUCAUGGUCCAGUAUUUGGGUGCAAUUUUUACCAUUUUGGAUCUGUAUUCCAGACAAAAAUAUAAUAAUGUAAAAUAUUGUGUUUAAAGAAAUUGGGUGUCACAACAUUAAAUUAUUUACCUAAAUAAAAUAUUUCUUUAACACACCAUUUACAAUAUUCUGUAUUGACUUCUGGGUAUGCAGACAUUAAUAUGUGGAUUCUGUUCUCAAAAAUAAUUUUCUUUCUUUCUUUUUCUUCUUCUUUUUUUUUUUUUGAUAGUAACUCGCCUGCCAGACUCUCCUGUUUAUAAAAACUUUCAUUUUGUAAAUCUUCUCUGAGCAUCCUAGCUGCUAGAUGGGAUGUUUUAUUUAUAAAUCACUUGAUAAAGCCAAUUAGAUCUUCAUAUUUACUCAGCUGAAUAUUGUUUUUUAAUAUAGCACAUCCAUUAACUCAUAGUGUUUCCUUUUUUAUUGAGGUAUAAUUGACCUAUAACAUCCACUUAUUUAUUAUUUUGUGUAGUAAGGUGAUAUUUAUUUCUAAGAUUUAAAUAGAUCAAAUCCAUUUUUCCAAUACCUAGUCUUAUUUUAAACUUUACUUCCACAUGGCAUAAUUUACUCAACUUUGAAAAAUCUUUCUGAUAUUUAUUCUAUUAUUUGUCCUAAGGUCAAGGCCAGGUGGUCCGCAUGCUACAGUGAAACUGUAGCUAGAAAUUCCUUCUCUGUCCUAGCUGUCAUAGGAUACCAAGCUGUAGCAAUUGUUAGGUAUAUGUGACAUCUCAGAAGGAUCAUAUCUAGCAAAGGUAUUAAACCUGCCAUUUUCUUUAAUUGAACAAGAAGAUACCCUCAAGUUGCUGAGCUUGGAAGGAAAGGAGUUUCUUUAUCUUCUGUCCCAGAGUUCUAAGGAGGAGUGACAAUUAUUUCUAGGAAGUUGUUACAUACAUAAAAUAGUCACAAGAGGUUUUUUACUCAAGGCCAGAAAGUAGCCUUCUGUUCAGAGCCUACAUUUCCAGCUUGAGUGUUAUCUGAGUUUUGAAAUCCCUGUUUCUAAAUUCUGUAACUCUCUGUUCUCUUGGAUCU